UACUACAAGUGGAGGACUUCUACCUCUACCCAGCUCUCGUGUGCUCCUCCACCUUCCCCAACUGUCAGAAAAUACUGGUCGAACAGUCGCGAACGAACGCCUGCCAACGCCGCAGCGAAACAGGUCACGGCCGAGACGCGCAUGGAUGGAGCCAAGUACUGCGAUACUCGGCUGGCAUUUAGCAUCGUCCAAGAAUGGAGGUGAUUUCAACGCGCAGAUACGAGGCUCGCCCGCCCGUCAGUGCGAUUCACUCCGGACUUCUGUACGAUCCGAAGAGUAAAGUGGCAACAGUCAAGGAGGAGGAAUGGGAGACGCGCAAGAAGAAGGAGAUAACGACGACGAGACAGAUAGAGACGAGAGUGAAGAGGCAGGUUGUUUUGGAGGAUGGAGAGGUGGUGAAGGACUCGGGACCGCUUGUCACCACCAACACCACUGAGGAUGUGGAGCAGCAAGAGCAUACGACGCAAGAGAGAAAAACUAAUGGAGAUGAGCCAAAAAAACUGGAAUGGGAGACCCCAGUGAGUGCAGUUGGUCCAGUUGUUCAGAAGGAAUUGAACGAGACGAUAGUGAGGAGUCGCGAAGAGACUGAGGAACUACUGGAGACCGAGGAUCGACGCCAAUUUGGGGAUAUAACGGAUGAGGCUUACCAGCAAGCGGUGAGGAGUAAUCGGGGGGAUCUGAGGCUAGCGCUAGCCGAAUCAUCUAGACAAGUGGCAGUGAACACUGGACCGCGAAUUGUACAGCACAAGACAAAGUCAAAUAAAGUCAUUGACACGGAGAAAACACUUGAGCGGAAGGAAUUCAAACCGGAUGGGGCAAUCGUGACGGAAACGAAGAAGAGUGUCGAGCACGAAGAGAUUGGGGACGUGGAGGCGCCUGAGGGGGAGGGGAAUGAGCCUGGGGAGACGAGGAAGGAGAGCUCGCAGAGGUUUUUGAAGCAGAGGGAGGAGGACGUGGUGGAUUAUGUCGCCGGGGGGGAGAGGAUCGGGAGGGAGAUGAGGCUCGUCGCGGAGGCGACGGAGGGGGAGAGGAGCGGGGACUGGCCACCACCGCCUGACAGGAUGAGGACUGUUCGACUACCAAAACCCGGUGACACAACACCCCUAGACAGGAAGGACGCCCUGACAAAAAAGCCCCUAGACCCAGAGGAGGAGGACGAGGCGCGUAAAUUCGAGACCUCGAAGUGGUUGGAAAAUCACUUCGGCAGUGAAUCGCGAUCCUCCCAGGGUUCCCUGGAGCCCGAAGGUCCGCCCAUUCAAACAGCCACUAACACGAGCUUCAUAAAUGUUACCAUGAAAUCCUGUACACCACGCGAUCGUGAUUACAAGAGUGCGAGUAAUACGAGUCAAGUGAGAACCUCGAGCAGAGCCAACGGCAGAGAGUCAGCAUCGCCCUCCGGCUACUUUCACGGCAUCACCGAGUGGUCCGAGAGAUACCAGGGAUCAGGGGAAAAACAGAAUCAUAACUCGAGCGUUUCUACUGCCUCGCCGAAGCAUUACGUGGUGGAAAGUACGAUAAGUGUGAAUGGACCUGAGACUGUUACGUACACGAGAAAUUACGAGACUUCGACGAGGAGACAUCACGAGACUCAUCGACGAUCUAGUCCACCAUCGCCACCGGCACGAAGGAGAGCUCGUGAGCAAGUCAGUGAAAAGGUGUCCCGCCGCCUAGACGAGAAAUCCCCCUACCCGGACCCUCGCCCCCCUGCCUCCCCCAGCCCAGUAAACGUGAUCACCCGGACCUGGCAGAGUCGCAAUCAGGACUGGUCAGAGUCUCCAGAUCAGCCUGAGCCCCGUCAUUACCCUCCAGCCCCGAAAUCCCGUUCCCCCUCGCCAGUGAUAAAAAUCCCCCUGCACCGCGAGAAAAAGGAGAACAUCAGGCCCACGAGUCGAUCAGCGAGCCCUCGAGGUACCUCGAAGUCGAGAAUCGGCGAGUCCUUCCGGAAACUCGUGGGCAAACUCCGGUCGGCUUCGUCAGAGCGAAAGAACAAGAGGAACAGUGACUCCAAGUCCCAGUUGACACAGACCGACGACAGCUCGACGUACCUCCAGUACAACGUCAUCGACAGGAACAUUCCGGAGAUCGGGGUGGACCAGGUGGAUGGAAUCGAGGAGAAACCCCCGGAGAGACCCCCCAGAUCGCCCAGGGUCACCAGCCCCACGACUCAAACGAUUAAAGUUACGAGAUCGAAUGGCCACACUGGUAAUCACAAUGGGUCACACAAGUACUAUGUCAGCGAGGAGUCAUAUUCGUCGAGGAAUGCUUAUGACAGAGAGCCCCUCCAGGAGUCUCGUCACAGCCGGACCACCAGCAGGCACCACGAGAGGUCCCAGAAGCCCCCCAGGAACAUUUCAGAUUACGACUGCAGGGUUGAGUCCAGCACUCUGGGUCGCCUGAGCAAAUCCACCAGCAGACUGACCAGCGAUCACGACCGUGAGGAUCACUACCCAGGGAUCCAGACGUUGCCUCGCAAACUGCACUCCAGCGGUCAUGGGAGGCAGACCUCGAUGCACACGUCGCGACGCUCGACGUCCAAGCAGAUCCCAGUGGCUGCGCCCUCAAGGCCCUCCCAGGCUCGCAACUAUGGCAGCAUGAUCAACAUUUCCAUCAAGAAUGUCAAGUCACCCCAGGGCUCCAGGAGCUACAGCCCCGUUCGGGGGCACGUGCAACCCCCGGUGAAGCCAGAGAGGACCUACAAGUCCUCUCUGUUGAGGAGCAAGAGCUUCAAUGUGGAGGCGGACAAUGGGGACAGGUAUCCGGAGAAGGGGCCUUAUCAAUCGAACUCUCAGUUGAAUAGACUCGAUGAAACCCAGCCGCUGAAGAGCCCUGGCAUCUUGGCGAGCAUCAGUCGAAGCAAUAGGGAUUUAUUCAAGCAUGAAUAUUAUUGAGAGAUCAGUUGAGAAUUUUUUUAAAAGUAUUUUGAGGAAGAAAGGCGUAUGGAAAAAUCGUAUAGGAAUUCUAUAGCAUUUCCGUAUAUGAUAUUCGGAUAUUUCUGUACGAAUAUUGUCUAUACGAAUUAUUUCUAUACAUAAA